AAAUAUAAUAAAUAAUAACAAAAAUAAGCUAUACGAGUAUUCAAACCUAAUAAGCACAAUAUCAGCCCUCAAGUUAGGCGGUUGACAUGGUUCGCUUAAAUGUCUCAGCUACUCCGGAACAACACCAUCCGCAGCUUAACACAUAUGCCAAUAAUAUUUCUAAUAAUAAUGGUCAACAGAAUGUUGGUGCCGGAGCUCUUAAUAAGAAUAUUUCUUCGUCUUCAUCAUCGACAUCGAGUCUAAAUAGUAACGCUUCCUCAUUUGAACCACAUCAAAAUCAAAUACAGCAUCAAUUCCAACAUCAGCUUUUACAUCAUCAGCAUCAACAACAUAACACAAGUCAAGUUCUUCAGCAACGGUCCACCAACAAUAUGUUAAUGGUUGUAACACAACAGCAACAAGUUCAACAGACACAUGCGACACAGCAGCAGGCUCAAUAUGCACAUCUGCCUUCGCUCGCAUCUCAACAUCAGCUUCCUCAACAACAUAGUUUUACCCAUCAUGUCCACCAUCAAACUCCAUCGCAGUCUAACGGAGUUGCUAUAUCAAUUCAACAACAUCAACAUAAACAACAACCACAACAGUCACCUUCCGAGAUUUCAACAUCGUCGCUGCCAGCAUCACCGCCUCUAAUUCAACAAACAACUAAAGCGUCUCAAAGUGCCCAACUUGUGCAGCCAGUCUGCGCUAUACAUCAUCCACAGCAGCAUCAACAGCAAUUUGCUUUAGUGGCUGCCAUGCAUCAACAUUUAACAGCUACGACUGGCCUCGGCUCUUUACCACCACAACAUAUGCAUCUUUCUCAUGGUCCACAAGCACAACCACAGUCCGCAUCACUACAGGUGCAAGCGCAUACGACGACUUCUCAACAACCUCAAACUACUCAACAUUCUCAACAACUUUUAAAAGAAAAAAAUCACGAUAGUGGAUAUAGUGCUAAUAGCGGCGGUGUAGCAAAUCAAGCUACCGGAAACAGUCCUGGGGCAUCUUCCACCGAAUCGUCCACCAGCGGUGCUGCGACUUCCACUGGCAGCAGUGGGUCCGCAACUGCUACUGCUCAACGUGUACCUUCCACGCCUGGUCAAUUAUAUAUACAAUAUCCUGCCGAUUUCUUUCCGGCAGAGUAUUACAUUACCCCGAAUUCACACGAUAGCAUGUGUCCACAACACCCACAUCAUCAUCACGCGAUGUGCGCAAUGUCAACGGAUUAUGGUCCAGCAACAGUUCAAAUGGUUUCCCAAAACCGUCCUGCAUCGAUAACAGUGCCGGUACAAGUACCGCAGGGACAAAUGAUGCAGCAAUACGUUAACGAGACCGGAACUUUUGCGCAUGUUGUGCUUUCGCCCCAAUAUCAACAGAUCCAUUCCAGUCAAGGACAUAUGCAUGCACCUUUCAUGCAGGCUGGUGGAUCUUCUCAAUUCUAUCCAACCCUUCCGACGGGAUUUGCUCCUAACCCAGGUGGUGGGCCAGCACAUUUCCACACUUUGACAAGUGGGCAUGUGCAACCGCAACAACUUUCCCAACAUCAAAAAGCGACAACACAACCACAGCAAACUGGAUCUCAAACUUUAUCACAUUCGCCUUCACCUCCCAAUAGCUAUUAUAAAGACGAGCGCACUCAACGACAACACACAAAGUUAUUAAGGAAACUUGAGAAACAACGGGAAAUGAUUAACUCUGCAAACAAUAGCCCAAUCAAUGGAACAAAGAAGCACGAUCACGUUAUUGCAACUCCAGGGGUUUCUCUAUCGGAUCCAGCUAAUUCAAAUUCUUCUGUGAAAAGUUCGACUGACAAUGGAUUAGGAGUCAUUCAAAGUGUUCAAAAUAUAAACAAAAGUAUAGUCCAACCAAAACAGGAUACAUCUCCACUGCGGCAACCAUUAAAAAAGCAUAUUUUACACUCUCAAACUACGCAACGAAAUGGGGGCAUAGCAUCAAAUAUAUCCCAAAGUGGGCUAAGUUAUGGUGUCAAUGUAGUUAGUUCUAAAGAAGAUAAAGGAGAGUUUAGUUCAAAUGUCCUCGUGGAUGAGGAAGACCCUCAAGCCUUGAUUAUAGAGCAAUUAUCUGCUAUACAAAAACCGAGUGUAAUUAAUUUAACUUCACGAUCAGCAAAAAUUAUUUGGGAGGGGCCAAUAAUCACUGAUUCACAAAUUGAUACUAGGAAUCUUCGUUAUAAUGUGUUGCUUAGUGAUCGUGCUAAGGACGGAAAAUACAAAAGCCUUUAUAAAGGCGAUUCAUAUGACUGUAUAGUACAAGACCUUCAACCAGGUCAGAUGUAUGUAGUUCGAGUUCAGGUGUACUAUAACAAGAUGCAUGGAACAGCUUCUGAGGCGUCUGAAUUCAUGACUCCACCAUGUGAACCAGAUCAGCCAAUGCCACCUAAACUUGUAAUGCGAACGAAGAAUUCGUUGCAUUUGCGUUGGUCGAACCCCCCAUCUAAUGGUUCACCCAUACAGCAUUAUUUAUUGGAAUAUGACGACGGUAAAUCCGGGCUAUCUUUAUCUACCCGCUCCUCACGUCAAAAUAAUGAGAAUGAUUGUCAUAACUUUGUGGAAGCAACGAAAACAAAAGGCAAGCACUACACUCUUACUAAAUUGCAGCCGUCAACUGUAUACUAUUUUCGUCUGGCUGCCGUCAACGAUGUGGGUAUGUCAUUAUAUUCCACCAUUUGCUCAUACUGUACCUCGAAUAAUCCGCCGAUUGCACCGAAGCCUCCUAAACUCCAGAGCAGCAGUCCUACAACUAUUCGCCUUUGGUGGGAACGAAGACAACAAGAUGGCGAUUAUGUCUUGCAAAUACUUGAUCCCGACUCAGGCCAUGGUUACCUAAACGCUUACAAUGGUCCAGAUACGAGUCAUGAAUGUUGUGAACUGCGUCGAGCUACAUAUUAUCAGUUCCGGUUACGUGCAGAAAAUGAAGCGGGCAGCUCUCCAUGGUCCAAUGAGGUUACCUACCAAACUGCUCCUGAAAAACCAGGUAAACCGGGUAAACCACAUGUGAAAGGAAAAAUACAUGGAACUCAUUUUCGAGCUCGUUGGGAUCCACCCAUAGAUAUGGGAGGCGCCGAAAUAAUUCGAUAUUUUCUCGAAAUCACAUCUGGUGCUAAAUUUGAACGUAUUUAUAGUGGUACUGAUACAGAGAGCAUAUGUGAUCGGCUUCAACCAGGUACAACGUACCAAUUGCGUGCGUCUUGUGAAGGUCCUGCAGGCAUUAGCCCGUAUUCUGAUGUGGCCCAUAUUACAUCAGAAGCUUUAGUACCUGCGGCACCUUCGCCACCUUAUUAUGAUAGUCCGCCGGGUCCAUAUGCGGCGGUUUUAAGGUUGGAUAAACCAGAAAAUAGUGGUGGUGCCCCCAUUUUGGAAUUUGAAGUGCAGAUGCGUCAUUCUGUAGAUGAUAAAUACGCUAUUGCGAAUAAAACAAAUGAUUAUUCAAUUGUUUACCAUGGACGGGAUACAUUUUGUGUGGUCAAAGACUUACAACCUGGUUGGCCUUAUGAGGUACAGGUUCGUGCAAUUAAUCGCAUUGGUGCUGGGCCUUGGUCAUCAUGGUUCCGUUUCUCGGCAGCUGCGGCACCUCCGAACACACCCGAAAAUCUAAAUGUUAUAAUCAAGUCGGCGACUCAUUUGCUAGUAAAUUGGGAAGAGCCUAGUAACAAUGGUGCACCUAUUCAGGAAUACCGUUUAGAAAGUUUAACUGCUGAAAAUGAAUCCGAUCUUACUUUUGAAAAUUCAUCACAUAAAUCAGCAUACUUACCCUGUUACCAUGGUGGGCAAACGAGCAUCGAUUUGCGAAAUUUAUCACCUUUUACUAUAUAUUACUUUCGCGUGAAUGCCAGUAAUGCGGCUGGAGUGAGUAAAUGGUCAACAUGUAUACAAGCGCGUACGCCAGCGGCAGUACCUGCUGCGCCACAAAUCAAAGACUGUGAAUUUACUGCAAAAAAAGCAGUAUUAAAUUGGUCGAAACCUGAAUGUAAUGGUGCUUGUAUCACUGGAUAUACCAUUGAAUGUGCUGAAAAAUCAAUUACCACUGCGGAUGCAAAUACCACAUAUACAAUCCACGGCUUAAUACCCGAAACUACUUAUAAAAUUCGUUUGCAGGCUAUUAAUAGUAUCGGUUGCGGACCCUUUUCUACUUACACUAAAUUUACAACAUUACCUUCACCUCCCCCGCCACCAACACUUGAGUGUACAGGAGUAGGACAUAACUUUAUAAAAUUAAAGUGGGGUGACGGUAAAAACGUUGAUUUUAUCAAAUACUACGUAGAAAUGUUUGUUCAGCGUGCAAAAGAGUUCCAGAUAGUUUACUCGGGCACAAGUUGUAUGUGUAAGGUGAACAAGUUGCAGGAAAGUACCGCUUACACCUUCCGCGUAUAUGCAAGUACUGAUCGCGCCGGAAUCGGAGAAUUUUCAGACGAAUAUAUUUUCAGUACGACUCCUACUUUGCCGAGCAACAUUAAAGCUCCAAGGGUUGCCAUGGAAGGAGCAGCUGCCUGUUUAUUAACACACGGUGUCGGCAGUGCUAGUAGUUUCGUUCCAUCCGGGAUUCUUCCUGAAACACCUACAAGUUUUAUUGCCGGCCUAGGAAACCUUUCUUUAGGUGUACCACUUACUCUAGAAUGGCAAAACUCAAAAAAUUCGUUCAAUGAUCCUGUAGAAUACGUAUUACAGUAUGCGAUUGGUAAGGAUGGUGACUAUAGACGGAUUUACAGGGGUCCAGAAACCAAAUUUACAAUUGAAAAUCUUGAGCCGGGAACUAUGUACCAAUUUCGAGUGUAUCCUAUUCGUGUUACUAAAUCUGGUGAAGAUUUGGUUGGCCAAUAUACUUCUGCAUUUCGAUACCAAGUACCACAUCUUGCAGCAUUGGACGAUAUCGAUGGAAACUUAUUAGGAAAUAUGGGCAGCGUUUUUGGAACAAGCGCUAAAGGGAUAAAUAAUAGCAGCAACGGUUCCAUGAAUUGCCAUGGGCAUUCACACUUAGCUCAUCAUGUUCACAGCUUGCAUACACAUCACUCUCAUAGCCAUACGCACCACAACAGUAGACAAUCAACGUCCAGUCUUCAUCAUCGUUCAGUAAGUGCGUCUGCUGCAAGUCCAAAUGGUUUUAAUGGUCAUAACAACACCAAUAUUAGCGAUAGCAGUAACAAUAGUGGUAGCACUAUAUUAAUCGGUCCUAAUGCCAUUGGUUUAAUACCUUUGAGUUCAUCAAUGGCAAAUGAAUUGACUGCAGUGGAAUUUGCUGGUUGCGACGAUCCACUACAUCAUCAUCAUCAUCAUCAAUUUCUUGGUGGAAAUGUUAGUGCAGGAUCUGAUUCCGUAGGAUCUACACCAACUACGACAUCGUUUCUGGCUGCUGCUUCAAAUAAUUUGUUAACAAAUAAUGCGCUUUUAGUACAUGGUAUCGGUUCAUCCAAUCAUACUCAACAUGGUGUAUUACGCCGAUAUAUUACCAAAUUAACUACGAUAUAUACGAACCGAAAACGUUUUACCGACCAGGAAAAAGCAGUUUUAUUCAUGGUUUGCUUUUUGUUUUUUACAUUCAUAUUCGCAACACUAGUUAAAGCAUUAAUGCGAUAAAUUUUGACAGAAAAUUAGUAUUGUUGAAGAAUAUGCAAGCCUUUUAUGAAAACGAAAGCAAUGCAUUUGCGAUUAAAAUGGUGAAUGUGUCGAUGAAUAAAAACAACCAACACUUUUUCAAAAAGUUCAA